AUGUUGGUGCGUGACCCAGCACUGCCUCUGUCAUGUUUGUCCACAGAGAUCGAUCAGAUGCUGCUGCAGCUGGAGGAACGGGUAAUCAGGGAUAAUGAAGGCAUUGUUGGGCCUUUUACGGCGUUCGAAGCUUGUGACUAUACCUCUGCUCUGGUCAGAAUCGCCACAGGUCAUACAGAUGACAGUGACUCUAUUGCGACGGACUCUAUAUCCCUCUUCGAUCCCGCCUCACCAACCCCAUCGAGCCUGUCCCUUUAUAUCGACGCCGUCGCAGCAGAGCUCAUGCAUAAUUACAUCCAUAUUGUUUCCCACGUUCUUCAACCCGCGGACCAUCCCAAAAAUCCUUAUCGGUCGAUUUAUGUGCCUCGGGCGAUAGCAGCCGGCCGUAUAGUGGUAGGGAUUGGUGACAACCAGUCACAUAGUGGAACUGCAUUGUCCCAUGCCCUCCUUGCCGUUUCUGCAUUCCACAUGUAUCGAAACCAGCCGGAGAAUCAACACUACGACAAACUUGCUAGAUUACACCGUGUAGAAGCGGUGUCGAGCCUGAAAAACGCACUGUCUGUGGGCGAAGGAACGAGUGAUCGAUCCACCACGUUGUCAGCCAUGCUAUCGUUGGUCUCCAUUGAUCUUAUGGAAGGCGAAUUUACUGAAUUCUGGAUCCAUUUAGAGGGCUGCGAGAGGCUCAUGUCAUCCUUCGGAGGCCCACCAGAUAACUCCCCACAGCACACACAGUUGAACAACAUAUGCUCCUUUAUGCAUACGCUAUCCCAGUCGACGGCCCCUUACACAACCCCAAAGCCGUCAUUAGAGGCAUGCGACAGAAUUGAAGAUCUGCUCAAUCAUUCACCAUUUCUUCCAGAUGACCACAGCCUGGAAUUCACAUAUGGCACCACAGCGAACCUCGCCAGUUACUUACAUCUGACCAUAUCUCUAUCGCAAAGCAUCGCAUACUUUGAGCUGAAUGAGCUACCAACUCCUCCAUACUUACGCAAAGCAUGUAUGGCUCUGUAUGCCGCCAUCAGUGGCUGGUCGAUUAACCAGGAGUCGCUGGCCUCCUUGCCUGGAACUGACUAUGAAACCCGCUCGCUCAUCACCUGUCACGUCGUUGCAUUCCAUGCCGCCAUCGUGAUCUACUUUCAUACAAUGUUAGACUACCCUACUCCGCAUUCUAUCCUCCAGUCCUAUAACAAGAUCUGCGUGUCUAACCUCCUUGCGGCCGAGGUACUCAAAAUGUCGAACGGAGCAAGCAAGGGAUGGAAUGCUAUGGCCCCCAUUGUUUGGCCUGGAUUCGUUGCGUCGUGUGAGGCAGAAUUAAUUGAUCAACCGUUAUGGCGAGCCUGGUGGACUGGGGUACAGAAAUAUUGCAUUGGGUCUAUCAAGACACUCUGGGACGUUGUCCAAGAUGUCUGGCGCGACCGGGAUGCUGGCCUCGCCCAGAAGCCAGGAUGGCGCGAGGUCUUGAGACGGCGAGGAAAGAGAGUCAUGAGUGGCGGAUGA